GCGUCCUGCUGCUGCCUCUCAACCGAAUGGGAUUCCACGUAGGCACUGAGAUAGCAACUAAACUUUAAGGGGAAGUUUUUUUUUUCUUCUGUAUUUUUCAAAGCGAUUAAAAUAUAUUUGUCAUCAUCAUCAUUAUUAUUAUUUUGCCUGCUGUCAAGUUAUUCUAGAAUUAGGAGUAAUGAGCGUGGAUGCUUUGGGAAGCCCUGUGAUGGACCCCGCGUUUUCCAAACGGAACACGACGCUGAGAUUAGUUGACUUGGCAGGGGCGCACCACCAUCACCAUCAUCACCACCAUACCCCUCAGAGCGUGACAGGCUUCCCGGAGUUCAGCAGCCAUCCACACUCAAUGGCUCACUCGCACCCUGGGGAGAUGACUGCGGAACCCCGCCUGGGGCCGAGUCCAUUCGGGCCAGAACACAUGGGGCACUCCGCGGCCCUCAAAAUAAGCCCAACCCAUCAUUAUCCCCACUACCAUCACCACCACAAUCAUCAUAUUGCAGGCCACGGCGAAGUGGUCUCCAGUCAAACGGGAGCUUUUGGCCCGGUGCAUGCGGCAACGGUACCGUACUCUAUGUCUCACACGGCCCAGGCGUUAUCCGCAGGUAGAGAUUUCCUCAUUCGACGAGAUUUGACAGCACAAGCCAUGCCGGUGCUGACCGAUCAGACUUCUGGUGGUUCAGCCUCUCACCACGGAAUGUUUGUCUCGACAACAGGUAGCUAUCCGGGACACUAUGGUCAUCACCCCGACCACGGGAACCACGCACUCUUCCCUGGACUUCAUCACGAGCAGCCGUCCAACGGAGCACCAGGUGGCCAAGCCUUGAACGGACAAAUAAGGUUAGGAAUACCUGCCGAAAUGUACGUUAGGACUGAUCAUUUGAGUCAAGUGGCGAGCUCCAGGGCGGACCCAUUCUCUGGUUCUCCUCUGCACGGAUACGGCGGUCUCAAUCUGAACAUGAACCUCAGCGCGCACCACCACCAUCACGGAGCCGGCGCAUUUUUCCGUUACAUGAGGCAACCGAUCAAGCAGGAGCUCAUCUGCAAGUGGUUGGAACCAGAGCACUCCGCCAAAAAACUUUGCUCCAAAACUUACAGCACCAUGCACGAACUAGUGACACAUGUGACCGUGGAGCACGUUGGUGGACCGGAGCAAGCGAACCAUAUCUGUUUUUGGGAUGAAUGCCCACGAGAGGGAAAGCCUUUUAAAGCAAAGUACAAACUUGUGAAUCACAUCAGAGUGCACACUGGAGAGAAACCGUUUCCCUGUCCAUUCCCUGGCUGCGGAAAAGUAUUUGCCCGGUCGGAAAACUUGAAAAUCCACAAAAGGACACACACAGGUGAAAAGCCUUUUAAAUGUGAGUUCGACGGCUGUGACAGACGGUUCGCCAACAGCAGUGACCGGAAAAAGCAUUCCCACGUACAUACCAGCGAUAAGCCGUACAACUGCAAAGUCAGAGGUUGUGACAAAUCGUACACCCAUCCCAGCUCUUUGAGAAAACACAUGAAGGUGCACUGCAAGUCUCCACCUCCGAGUUCGGGUUACGAAUCAUCGACUCCGUCUCUUGUUUCUCCUUCUUCGGACUUGGGACGAGAGCCAGCUCCCUCUGCGCUCUCCGACCCACUCUCGUCAUCGUCCCAGCCGGCCAAUUUAAGCGAAUGGUACGUGUGUCACAGCUCCGGUGCCAGUGGGCCCCAGACCCCACCCAGCGGUUCAUCCACACCGGGCCAUGCAGAGGGGCCAAUGUACGGCAAUCCUGAUCGGAGGGACGUCUUCUAACAAAAUGCGAGCCAUAGAAUAUUCCUUUGGCAAAAUUACUAAACUGGCCUUUUCUCAUUUUUUUGAAGACUGUAUGGCCACAGGCUGACGCUAAAUCAGCUCAAAGAGUAGGCUUGUUCACUAUUACUGCCUUACUGAAGGAUGCACUGGCCUCUUGACAGCUAAAGUCACUGCCUAACCACCAAUCCAUAUAAAAACAUGUCAUGAGUGUCUAUGGUUCUAAAUAGUGUACUGGUCCUACGCAUGUUGCUGUAUUAUUUUUGUAAAUUCCGCCUUGAUUUCGAAAUCUUUUUAAUUUAUUUUUAAAUCGGUAAAGAAUUUCCUUUUUGUAUUAUUAAACCAAAGUGCUUAAUUAUUAAAUUGUACAUAUGUGAAUGACGACGUUUCAAUGUCUAUGUGUGAACAGUAAUUUUGCAAGGUUUGGUCUUUCAGCGAUUUUUAAAUGUUUGCUACUCUACUUUGUACAACAUUCAUAUUUGGGAUUAUUUGAAGUUCCUCAUUUAGUGCAUUCUGCAGCCAAGCCAAUUUGAUGUAAACAGCAUUAUUGUAUUUGAUAUGACAUUUCACUUAUGAUUAGUCAUUAAUCAAUGUGGUUAUUUUGUGAUUUUGUAAAACAUGUCAACAAUCCAUUUUUAUGAAAAAAAUAAUUAUUAUUAUUAUCAGAAGAGACCUUAAAAUGUGUACCGAAAUGCCUUGUAAGUUGUCAGUAUUUUGAAUAAAUUGUGUAUGAUGCAAUCUAUAAGCUUUCCAAUAGCCUAUUACAGUUUAGUAAUAAAUACAUGUUUUAUAAACAUAUUAUGCACGGAUUCAUUACUAUAAAAAAUCAA